AUGGCUAAUUCUCACAAGGAUGUUGGAACUAUAUAUCUAAUGUUGGGGAUGUGGUCGGGUUUUGGGGGUUUAAAUCUUAGUUGGAUAAUGCGUUUAGAGUUAAGGCGGCCAGGAAUGUGGUUACCUAGGUCUGAAGUGUACAAUGGUAUUGUUACUUUACAUGCUAUUAUAAUGAUUUUUUUCUUUGUUAUGCCAGUGCUUAUUGGUGGUUUUGGGAAUUGGUUGUUGCCUAUAAUACUAGGUUCAAUUGAUAUGAGUUUUCCUCGGCUUAAUACGUUUAGUUUUUGAGUUCUUCCUCCUGCUCUUUAUUUAGUGAUUGUUUCUUGUUUUAUCGAUUAUGGUAGAGGAACUGGGUGGACUAUGUACCCGCCUUUGUCUAGGACUCCUUAUUCUGGUGGAAUCAGAACUGAUUUAAUGAUUUUGGGGCUUCAUUUGGCGGGGAUUAGUUCUUCGGCUGCCUCUAUUAACUAUUUAGUCACUUUCCUGAAUGUGCGAAGUAAGUCUUUUAAGGCUGAAUUUUCCCCUCCUUUCGUGUGGGCUCUGGCUGUCACUAGUUUUUUAUUAUUGGUGUCUUUGCCUGUAUUGGCUGGUGGGUUAACUAUACUGAUUAUAGAUCGGCAUUUUAACUGUAGGUUCUUUGACCCUUCGGGAGGAGGAGAUCCUGUUUUAUUCCAACACCUUUUUUGGUUUUUUGGGCAUCCUGAAGUUUAUGUUUUAAUUUUACCAGGGUUUGGUUUAGUGUCUCAUGUUUUAGUAUUUUAUACUAAGAAGUUACGAGUUUUUGGUUCUGUGGCUAUGAUAUAUGCUAUAAUUUCUAUUGGUGUUCUUGGUUUCAUUGUUUGGGGUCAUCACAUGUAUACUGUUGGUUUGGAUGUAGAUACCCGUUUUUACUUUACAGCUGUAACUAUACUAAUUGCUGUUCCUACGGGUGUUAAAGUUUUUAGGUGGAUUGCUACUAUUUAUGGGUCUUAUUUAAGAUUUGAGGCUCCAACUCUUUGGGUGUUGGGAUUCAUUAUGAAGUUUACAAUGGGGGGUAUCACAGGGGUUAUUUUAUCUAAUGCUUGCUUAGAUGUUGCUCUUCAUGAUACAUACUAUGUAGUAGCUCACUUCCAUUAUGUUUUAUCUAUAGGGGCGGUUUUUACCAUUUUUGCUGGGUAUAUUCACUAUUUCCCAUUUUUUACAGGAAAUUGUUUUCACCGGUCUUGGGCCCGGGGUCAUUUUUUUUUAACAUUUGUGGGGGUUAAUUUAACCUUUUUUCCGCAGCACUUCUUAGGGUUAGGGGGUAUGCCGCGUCGUAUUCCAGACUAUCCUAUUUUUUAUUAUUAUUGGAAUCAGUGGAGAACUAUUGGGUGUGCAAUAGUUAUGGUCAGUGUUUCUUUGUUUAUCCAUAUGCAAUGGGAAGCUUUCUUAAGGGGACGUCGUCCUUUGUUGUUUGGAAAUCGGCCUAGGUCUUUAGAGUGGGUGGUUAAUCGUGGUUUUACUUGUGUAGCUCGCCAUACUUUUAAGGAGGUAAUCGCUAUUCGGAUGAUGCAUGACGUAACUGAGUUCCAUAAGAGGUCUUUAGAUUCUUUAGAUGUGAAUAAAGUUAAGUAUGUUGGGAAAGGAAGGUAAACAGUAGUUAUUAGAAGUUUGGUAGGGUAGU